GCUAGUCACCGGCUCCGAGGCAGAGAUGGAGGAGCGCAGCUUCAUCAACCCCUUCUCGGACUGGGAGCAGAGCCUUCCCGUGUCCUCAGACCCCGCGGAGCACAGCGGAGGAAACGAGCCGUUCGAUGCCGACGGGAAGCUGCGUUGAAACUAAUUAGAAACCACUAAGAACACUUUAUCAACCAUAAAUCAACCUCCUGACAACCUCCCGGGCAUCGAAGGACCACGCUACAGCUUUUACGUCAUGUUUGACAUUUCUCCUGGAAAGUGUGGAAGAAACAUCAUUUGGGCUUUUAUCUACUCUGACUGCAUGAGGUUUUUAUUGUUACUCGUUAAUUACAUAGUUUUUUACAUACCUUUUUUAUAAAGAUUAACUGUUAACAUGAGAAAUGUUUUUUUUAUUGUUCAUGUUCAUUUCAAAUACAGUUUAUGUUUUUUCGUUUUAAUUUGAAACACCCUUCUGUCAUAACUUAUAUUUUACAUUCUCUGCCUUUAAAUCACCACAGAGGUCUUCUAUACUUUCCUUGGCUCAGUGUGGACAGGAAGCACACUUGCUCCUCUCUUAUGAUAGUCUUGGUUUGCUGCUCAUUAGGAUUGGUCUCACACACAGAAUAGCUCUGGAUCGGAUCCACCUUCUCUCCACCUUCUGGGCCCGAGGUUCCUGAGCUGUUGAGCUCAGACCUUCAGGAGUAGUGCUUCAGGUGGCAGUAAAACGUCUGAGUUUCUUCUUCUUUGCUCAGAUGUGCUCUUUGUACCGAGCUGAUCUCCAGGAUCCCGGCUCUCCUCUGCACUGUUGUCUCAGAAGACGUGAUUCAGUAUACACUUAACUCUCUGUGACUGUCAAACUGUCAAAUAUCUAUGAAAAGACUGUGUAAUAUUAUCAGUGCUGAACUGAGGAGACGCACUGCAGGUCCAAGAAGUCUCUGAAGGCCGUUUUGAAGAAGCGUGUGUGUGCUGCAGGGGUUGAUGGGAUGUGGAGUCUCCUCAGGGCUCUCUCUGUGAUCAGUGAGGCCUUUCAGAAGAAGGUGCAAAGCAAGAUCAAAGAUCUUCUCCAGCAGAUGGAGGAGGGCCUGAAGACGGCGGAUCCUCAUGAUUUUUCCACCUACACGGGCUGGACAGGCAUCGCCCUGCUGUACCUGCAGCUGUAUCGAGCGUCUCAGGAGGCCUGUCACCUGCAGCGGGCUCUGGAUUACGUCAAGCGCACGCUCAGGAACCUGAACGGGCGGCGCGUCACCUUCCUGUGUGGAGACGCCGGGCCCCUCGCCGUCGCCGCCGUCGUUCAUCAUCACCUACAAAACCAGGACGAGUCCCAGGAGUGCCUGACCAAACUGCUCCAGCUGCAGCGCUCAGUGCUCAGUCCAGACUCAGAUGUUCCUGAUGAGCUGCUGUACGGACGGGCCGGCUUCCUCUACGCCCUGCUGUACGUCAACAGAGAGAUCGGGCCGGACGCCGUGGACCAGGACACCAUCAGCAAGGUGGUGAGUGUUAUUCUGGAGUCGGGGAAGAACCUGUCUAAAGAGGAGAAGAAAGCCGAGCGCUGCCCGCUGCUGUACGAGUGGCACAAGAAACAGUAUGUAGGAGCCGCUCACGGCCUCGCCGGCAUCUACUACAUGCUCAUGCAGCCGGGUGCUCAGGUCCACCAGGACGUCCUGAACGAGCUGAUCCGGCCCAGUGUGGAUUACGUGCGGCACAAGAAGUUCCGCUCAGGAAAUUACCCAUCAUCCCUCAGCAACGAGUCGGACAGACUGGUGCACUGGUGUCACGGAGCUCCUGGAGUGCUGCAUAUGCUCAUCAUGGCUCAUAAAGUGUUCGGGGAGGAGAAGUACCUGCGGGAAGCGGUGGACUGUGGGGAUCUGAUCUGGCAGAGAGGUCUUCUGAGGAAGGGUUAUGGACUGUGUCACGGCUCGGCGGGGAACGGAUACGCCUUCCUCUCUCUCUUCCACGCCACGCAGGACAAGAAACACCUGUACCGGGCCUGCAAGUUUGCUGAGUGGUGUCUAGACUACGGGACGCACGGCUGUCGUAUUCCUGACCGGCCUUACUCCCUGUUUGAAGGUAUGGCAGGAGCCAUUCACUAUCUGUCAGACGUCAUCCGGCCCGAGGCGUCCCGCUUCCCCGCCUUUGAACUUUGACCUGUGUGUUCGGAAGCAUAGACUGUUAGUCCCCGGUCAGGACGCUUUCACAGCACACUUCCAUCUCUCUGGACGGACCCUUUAAAAGGAAGAAAACCCUUUCUUCUUCAUCACGGACGCAAAAAACCCAACCUUCAGCCUAUAAUUUCAAGCAGCGCCGCCUUGAGUUCGAUCUUCGUAGCUUGCAGUCUUCUCAGUAUGUCGCUGUUCUUUGGCUAGUAUUUAAAGCUGAGCUCUGGUUUUGUUUUAGUCUGGCAUGCUCGUGGGUUGAUAGCAGUGCAUGAGGAUGUGCCUUUCUCUAAAGUAAUCUAAAGUGAGUGUGUACUGUGUUUCUCUGGUAGACGUCUGGAUGAAGAAUCACCUGCUCUGGUAAAUAUUGUUUCCUCAGGCAAAACGUGCUCUGAAUGUCAAUAAAUUGGGCUUUUUCUGAACUUCUCGAAGGCUGUGCUGUCAUUCAGCUGAGUCCAUGGGUGCCGUCGUCAUCCUGAUGGAUAUCCAUCCGCCAGAAAUAAACACUAAACUUUAUUCCUGUAAUCUCAGUGAUAGCUGGCGUCAGAUUUAUUACAAAAUACAAACAAUAAGAGCUCUUGAAUGUUUAGUGCCGCUCACCUCUGAAUGGGGCGCUCGCAGACUCAGUGUUCCUGUGGUUUUGUGAUUCAUGGCUGUGAUGAAAUGACUGAUUGGAUGAAUUCAUUCGUUUCUGUUGAUGCAUGGUUCGUUUGCAGGAUUUUGCAACUAUUUGAAAAUCUGGAAACAACACAAAUUAAAGUAUUGAGAAAAACA